UAGCAUAGCAGGACAAUGCCGGUGUAACCUGCCCGAAACCGUUUCUCUGACGGCCCCCACGGACAUUCCAAUAAUCCCCAGGCAUCCAGCUUUGCCUCCCAAUCCGGAACCAACAAAUCCGGAUCAUGGCAAGGGAUGCAACCACCGAUUCACAAUACACUCGGUGUGUGAAUGGAUCAUUGUCUCACCAAUGUGUCCCCUUACACCGCCACGCAUGGUCCCUUAUAAAGCGGCCCCGGAAUCAAGGGGGAAGAGGGGUUACAGGAAAACAAAGACACUGACUGCUAACUCGCCGAAUUCGUCCAUUGUUGACCGCGAUCGUCGUUCUUUCUUCAUUCAGAAAGCCAAAUUUGUUCGCGAAAACAAAGAUGCUAUUCAAAUCCGCCCUCCUCGCAACUACCUUGUGCCUCUCUGCCACGGCUGCGGCGAACACCAAUGCACCCGUUGUCACUGACAACGAUGAUGUGACCUACUACGCGCAGCUACAGCCCAAGGAUAACACCACUGUCCGCGGGUCUGUGACCAUCUUGCCUAAGCCCAGCGGCGUGGGUGUCCUUGUUUCGGCGCACUUCUGGGGAAUCCCCGAUAAUGAACAGCAGUUGGUCUACCACAUCCAUCAAAAGCCAGUCCCUAAGGACGGCAACUGCUACAGCACUGGCGCCCACCUGGACCCUUACGGCCGUGGCGAUGCCACCCCCUGCGACAUCAGCGCGCCUCAGACCUGCCAAGUCGGCGACCUCAGCGGCAAGCAUGGACCGAUCUGGGCGCCCGACAACGAGGAAUUUACCACCACGUACACGGACUGGUUCCUUUCCAAUGUGGAGGGAGAGCCUGCUUUCUUUGGAAACCUCUCACUGGUUGUGCAUGCGGCGGAUAACUCGCGCCUGGCGUGUGGAAACUUUGUGGAGCUGAAGGUUGGAUUUAAUACUCAAGUAUUGGCAUGGGAAUUGCAUGGAAUUGAGGACGAAGAUCACAUACGAGGGAUCUAG